AUGCUCGGUUGGAUCAACGAUUGCGUGGAGAAGCUUGUCCUCGCCAAGUUCGAUUUGGACGCAUGGCACUCCAUCAAAGAAAAAGCGGGCUGUAAGGUCGAAGACGGAGGGUUCUACAAGCUUGACCCCUAUCCCGAUCAGACUACGGUGGAUCUGGUCAUGGCGGCAGUGGAGGUUUCGGGGUUGUCGGCGGAAGCCAUCCUGGAGACAUUUGGCGCCUUUUUUGUCGAAUACGUCCGAGACGAAGGCUACGACAAUCUGCUGAGGUGCCAAGGCAGCAAUCUGAAAGAUUUCAUGGCGAACAUCAAUGCCAUGCAUCAGCAUUUGCAGGAUACGUUCCCCAACAAGAUGACUAUGCCCCAGUUCUGGGUCGAAGAUGACGAAUCAGGCGACGGUGCUAUUAUAUUGCACUAUCACUCGAAACGCGGCAGCCUCCUGGCUCCGGUAGCUAAAGGUGUCGUAUGUCAGGUUGCCUCCGACCAAUUUGGAUAUGAAAUCAAGAUGGAACGGCUAAGGACACAAGGAGAAGAAGGAGCAGAACAAACAAGCUGGAAGAUAUCGACGGUAGAUCCCGACAACCUUUGGAAGCUCACCAUGAGAGCAGAGUGCAAGCAGAUGAAUGCCACCUAUCAGGCGAAACAAAUGAAAUGCCCUUUCACUGGCAUGACCACGGCACCCUCGCAAUCUGCAAACCGAAGACUAUCUCAAACAAUCAACACGGCCAGCGUCCCAUCAGUCAUCGAAGUCAAUGAAGCAGAUAUCAGGCGACCACGCAAGCGAGCCAAGUUUAGCAGCAACCAGCCUUCUAGCUUGCCCACAAGUGAACAGCCCAGUAAUGAGGACAUGUUUUUUGAUUCCAAGGAAAUCGAAGAAGGUGAUCCCGUCGUGAAGAAGGCUCCCAGCCUGGAGAACACGUCCGUGACCGCACCACUAUCCAUCGAAGAGGAACUAUCGUCAGAACCGGUAUCUGACAGUGCCAUUGGCUUGUCGGGGCGAGUUACAAGGAGCCUCUUCCCCUACCAUAUCAUGGUCGACUUGGACCUAAAGAUUGCUCAGGUCGGUAAUAAAAUGCCAACUGUCAUGCAAUUAUCGGAGGAUGAUUUCGUGGGUCGAUGCAUUAGUGAAUUCCUGGUCGUGACAAAGCCAGUGGGGAUCCAGUGGAGCUGGAAAUGGCUUCGCCUGCUCGAAGACCAAGCCUUUGAUGUCCAAACAGUCGAGCACUCAUCAGAGAGGCCCGCUUUGAAGUUCAAGACAACCGUUGUCCAUGUUACGGAAGGCUCUUCUCUUGCAAUGCUCGUGCUGACUCCCGACGCAAACAAUUUGCAGGAGCUUCGUGAGAUGAAGAUGACCUUUAGUGAUCUACCGCUGCACGGGGCUCAUAGAGAAUCGAUCCUUCUCCGAGAGCACUUGAGCUCGCAAAUUAAUAGUGCCGCCAAGAUGGAACAACUCAGCCAUUCAUUGGAGCAGGAGAAAACGCUGCUGGAAUCCAUGUUGCCUGCUCAUGCCGCAGAAGGCCUUCGGCAAGGCAAAACCGUGGAGCCGAGGUUGCACAAGAAUGUUACACUGUUCUUCAGUGACAUUGUGAAUUUCACAAACAUGUGCCAUCGACUCUACCCUUGGCAAGUGAUUGAGAUGCUGAAUCGACUGUAUUGCGUCAUGGACUUUCUGGGAGAACGAUACGGCAUCUUUAAGAUCGAAACUAUCGGGGAUGCCUAUGUCUGCUCCUGUGGGCUCCCCCAGGAGGAUGAACAGCAUUUCAUGAAAGUUGCCCACUUUGCCAUUGCUGUCAACCAUUGUUGCCGGCAUGUCGUGUCGCCAGUCGAUGGAUCUCCAUUGCAGCUACGGAUAGGAAUCCACAGUGGGUCAUGCGCCUCAGGGGUAGUUGGGACGAAACGGCCUCAGUAUUGCGUGUUUGGUGACACAGUCAACACAACUGCACGCCAUGAGAGCACAGGGGAGCCCGGAAAGGUGCAAUGUUCCAGCACCACACGAGCGCUACUAGAGUCCCAUUGCAAGGGUUCUUUUGUCCUGAAAGAAAGGGGUUUAGUAAGCAUGAAAGGCAAAGGAGAUAUGAAGACUUGGUGGUUGGAGGGGCAUGAAAGCAACGAUGUGGUGAACCGGUCCGCUCUGGAAAAGCUUGACAAAGAGAUCCUUGAUCUUUUGGCACAGAGCAGCUUUCAAACCGUGUUACGCAACAGAGUAUUUGAAAGCAUCUUUUCUCCUGUCCUGUCUAUUGCUGAAGAGAUUCCAAAACGAGACGAAUAA